GUCCUAGUUCUCUGCACCUGUUCUAGCAGCCUACUUUACGGUCGAACACCUCGUUCUCAUCCCUCGAAGACCUCGCCUCCUCCCACCGCGCAUGGAUCACUCUUAUCAUUAUCCCCAUUAUCAGCGACGCCGCCGAACACACCACAGGCAUCGUCGGGGCGGGGAGAGGCCAGCUCGAUCUGGGGAUGCACGUCGCAGUAGGGAGUUCUGUGCAGAUAGCGCUAGGGGUCAUCCCUGGGGCUCGUGUUGGUGGCGUGGGGGAUGGAUGGGUAGGCCCCCCCUGGGUAUGGCGUUCGAUGCGGUACAGACAGUGGUGCUCUUCUUUGCGGUUCUGCUUGGAGAUGGGAGGAGUCAUUAUUUGAGUGAGGUGGUGCUCGUGGCGGUGUAUGCGUUGGUGGUGGUUUGGUUUGGGGACGUUCCGGGGACGGGGGGUCGUCGUGCAGGGUGUCGAGGUUGGGUGUGGGGUGUAGAGGCCACUCUCGUGUAUCUCACUGAUCGUCCUCGCACGAUUUUUAUAUUGUCCUCCUAUCUCUCUUCUCGACAUGCUUGCCUUGCAACAUGGCGUAUUUUCAAUGCGCCUUUACUCUUUCUUUUUUUCGUUCACCGUACAUCCUCCUUCUGUGCCGUCAAGAUGAAACUUCAUUUUUCCUUUUUUUGUUUGUGAACUUGAAAUGCCACGCGGACAGUCGCACUUGUACUUUCAUGAGAAAACAUUGCAUGAAGAAUCAUCUCAGCGACGUCUAGCAUCAGUUCGUGAUUAUAGCAUUAUUCCAGCAGCUGAGCAACCUAACCAUGGGAUUUAACAAAAAAAUGACACGGGAAACAGAUCCCUUUCCUUGACAGAUAAUUUGCGCGAGUCGGAAAGGAUGGGGCU